AGUCUCCAAGGAGUCCCCGGACAAAACACACCAGCAGUGAGGUCUUCUUACACUUCCCUCCGGCAUCCACAUCUACAAAGGGACACUUGACACAAGCACACUUGUUCAAGAGCAGUCAGUCUGUUUGGUCUCCAGUCAAGCCUGGUGGAAACUUUUUUGGGGGUGCACAGAACCACUGACUUUGGUUCAGGAGGAACACCAGUAGGGAGCUUUCACUUGGACUUGGAAAAACUACUUUUUGGGACGGCAUGGCACUGCGACAGAACUCCGACAAAGACCCAAGCAUUGAGCUUUUCAUUAAGGCCGGGCAUGAUGGUGAGAACGUGGGGAACUGCCCCUUCUGCCAAAGGCUCUUUAUGGUGCUGUGGCUGAAAGGAGUCAAGUUCACAGUGACCACUGUUGACAUGAGGAAGAAACCAGCAGAGCUCAAGGACCUGGCCCCAGGGACCAACCCUCCUUUCCUCCUCUAUAACGGCACCCUCAAAACGGACUUUAUAAAAAUCGAGGAGUUUCUUGAACAAACACUGGCCCCUCCCAGGUAUCCUCACCUCAGCCCGCUUAAUAAAGAGUCCUUUGAUGUGGGUGCUGACAUUUUUGCGAAGUUCUCCGCUUUCAUCAAGAACAGCCCCAACAACAGCUUCCAUGAGAAAAACCUGCUGCGGGAGUUCAAACGGCUGGACGACUACCUGAACUCCCCACUGCCUGAGGAGGUAGAUCACAACUCCAGAGAAAGCAUUGGCGUCUCCACGAGGAAGUUCCUGGAUGGCAACCGCCUCACCUUGGCCGACUGCAACCUGCUGCCCAAACUGCAUGUUAUCAAGGUCGCUUCCAAGAAAUACUGCGACUUUGACAUCCCGGCUCAGUUCACAGGGGUGUGGCGGUACCUCCAAAACGCCUACGAGAGAGAGGAGUUCAGCCAGACGUGUCCCGCCAACAUCGAGAUCGAGAAGGCUUACUUCACUGUGGCCAACAAGAGGAAAUAAACCAGAAUCACUUCAUGUUUCCACCCGGUUUACCCAUCGAUGUGAAGGUGGUGAUCUGUAAAGGGCGCUGAAACCUACGUGUUCAAAUUCUGACAAGGACACCGUAUGCAUAACUCACCAUCCUACCUUAUGAACCCAAGCCUGUUAGUGCAAUGGACUAUGGGAACAUGCUAAACCAAAAUCAUACUGGUUGAAAGAACUGACUAUUUAUUCACAAUCAUCAUACUGACAAAUGGUAUUUUUAUGUUACACUGAGAAGGCCAAGGGUGCAAUUGAGCAUUGAUCUAAUUUAGCAAAAAAAAUUUUGUCUAUAUUGUAAAUAUAAAUAUUUUAAAAUUUUGUUUAUGAUCAAAACACCUUCAUUAAAAUAUGUGUGACUGAUAUUAGUGUGACACUGGAAUCUUAAAAAAAAAAAAAACAGUUCAUGAUCACAUUUAUGUAGAACAUGCGAUACACUUCUGCAUCUUAACCUGUAAACAUACAGUAUGACAUAAUUGUCUCGUUGCCACACUAAAGCAAAAUAAAAAUUCUCUUAUAAUCUUGA